CGGGGGCGCGCGCGCGCGGCGGGAGCACGUGGGGCGGUGCCGGUCCGGUCCUGGUCCUGGUCCCGGUCCCGGUCCGGGUCCCUCCGCUGCAGCCAUGGAGGAACCGCCGCCCCAGCAACCCCCACCGACCCCCGCAACUCCCGCAGCUCCGGGCGGCGGCGGAGAGGCCGAGACCGGACCCGAGUGGAACAUUCCCCCCAACGCGCCCGCAUGCAUGGAGCGGCACCUGGAGCGAGCGCACUACCGAGCAGACGGGGCCUUGCUGCUGGGAGCCUCGGGGCUGAGCGGGCGCUGCUGGACCGGUUCCCUUUGGGUCUUCGCCGACCCCCGGCGAGCCCCCAGCGAGGGCUUCUGCACCGCCGGAGUCCAGACCGAGGCGGGGGUCGCCGACCUGCGCUGGGUGGCUGACAGGGGCAUCCUGGUGGCUUCCGACUCCGGCGCCGUGGAGCUGUGGGAGUUGGACGAGAACGAAACGCUGAUCGUCAACAAGUUCUGUAAAUACGAGCACGAUGACAUCGCGGUGGCAGUGUCCGUCCUGGCCGGCAGCACCCAGGCUGUCAGCGGGGGCAGGGACUUCUGCGUGAAGGUCUGGGAUCUGCCCCAGCAGACAGUGCUGCACUCCUACAGAGCUCACUCGGAUGCAGUGACCUGUGUGGCUGCCAGUCCUGAUAAGGACACUGUGUUCCUGUCCUGUGCUGAGGAUGGCAGAACUUUACUCUGGGACACCAGAUGCCCGAAACCAGCUACUCGAAUUGUUUGCAGUGCCUGUAAUUACCUCCCUACCUCAGUCACGUGGCAUCCACAGAAAAGUGAUACUUUUGUUUUGGGUGAUGAAAAUGGAACAGUUGCACUAGUAGACACCAAGAAUCCUGAUUCUGCCCUCAGUUCCACUGUGCAUACCCGACCCAUCACAGGAUUUGCAUUUUCUGCACAUAGCUCACCCUUGCUGGCUUCCAUCAGUGAAGACUGCUCAGUAGCUGUUCUUGACUCAGACCUCUCAGAGGUGUUCAGAAACCGUUCUCAUCGAGACUUUGUGAAAGGUUUGUCCUGGUCCCCCUCAGACAAUGCCUUGCUCACUACAGUGGGAUGGGAUCAUCAGGUUUUACAUCACACUGUCCCCAUACCAACUGGUGAAGCUUCUGGAGUCAACUGUGUAAAAGAAUAGUUUUAUAAACUCAUGGUCCAGAUUCCUU